AUGAUGCUGCGAAGAGCUCCAAUCUACUGCGAGGCGGUCUUGCAGCCGCAGGAUAUCUACUACGAAGGGUCAGAAGAUGAAGACUACGACAAUGCGGAGGCGCGCAGGCAGAGGUACGAAGCCGCCGGGCAGAGGUUUCUCGAUGGCAACGUUCCCUUGCUGCUAUCUGCGACGUUGAAGGGUCCCUUUGAAGAAGAGUCUGGUUGGGUGAACCCGUGGCGAUCAAAGAACCGUACCGCCAAUUCACAAAAUCCACGUGUAUCCGACGAUUUAAAUAUGCAUUCUACUCCCAAACGACUUGCCCCGUCUGCGUCUAUCGAGCAACAUGCGAUAGAAGCUCUGAAAGAUGCCGAGUGCGCUCUUCCUAGUCCGGAAAGCCUCAAGCAGGCGCCCUUCACUAGCUCUUAUUCACGCCCCCAGGAGACAGGCGGCACGACACACGGCCGGAGAGACAAUAGCGUGCCUCUUUCACGAAGCAGUGAUGAAUUUUGGACAACAAACUCACCAUCAAAAUCCCCAAAGAGGAAAUCAAUGUCAUCACAGACGCUAGAUGGCGUCGCGAAUAAGCGGCAAAGAACCAGGUCAACCGAAAUCGAAACUCCAACGCCAAAGAAGAAUCUAAUAGCCAAGAGGGAUGCUAGUCAAAGAGGAGCAAGGACGACCAGAGCCACUUCCGACAGCUCGUCAAUAUAUUCCCAUAUUAGAGAGCUCACGUCACAACUUCCCCCUGCUGGAUCACAAGAUUUGUCAAGCGAAGAUGCAGAUACAGAUACAGAUGACGAUCACCAUCAUGAAACCAUCUCUACCUGUUCCUCCGUUGAUUUCUUAUUGGCCAAUGCACGCAGGACUCCUAAGAAAGACCUGACCAGCAAGAUUCUGCGUCCGAAUGAGAAUUCAUCCUUGUCCUUGUUAUCACCGUUUUCUCAAAGGAGCUCCAGAGGAGCUUCCUCUCCUCUUUCUGUCUCGCCAGCGCAAACGCCAACAAAACGGAAGGUUGCAUCAAGCAUAUUCUCUAGCCGCCGGCGGUCUUCAGGUGACCUAUCUACACUGUCUGAAACACCAACAAACCUAUCAAGCUUGGCAGAUUUAGAAAUGCUAGGCGUGGAUGAUGACAACAGUGAAGAUCUCGACGAUGCAACUCUGAUAGAGCGCCAGCUACGGGAAGAACAAGUCCAAUCUCCCGAAAUUUCUACCGCCAACAACAGAGACCAUAUAAGCACUACACCAGAUACGAUUCCACCAAAUCUUCCUACAUCUAGACCAAGUUAUGAAGAGCAUCCAUCAAGGGAAGAGAGUAUCAUUGAAACGCCAAAGGCUAAAAGAAGGGAUCAUCCGGAUAGUUCAAUAUCCAAGUAUGAUACACCUCGUGGGCGUCUCAAGCCGUUUCGCGGUACACAGUCUUCACGAAUGGCUGACCCGUUGAUAUACGAUGAUACUGAGGGAUCCGAUCAACCAACUUCUGGAUCUGGCAAUAAGGCUUCAUCAGACUCACAGCAACCCGUGCCCAGUGAAAACCCGUCAAUCAGUUCACCCAAGCAGAACAAAAGUCAGGCAUUAGCAGGCAGAAGCGCCACAAAGUCGAAUAGUCCUCAUAAGUCAUCACCUCUUCGGUCUCUGAGCCCUCGAAAUGGUAGAAUCAACUCACGGCCCGCUCUCAAGAAGAUGGUUCAGCCUUACAUGUCAUCUCUACGCAAAUCACGAGCAGCGAGUGCAGAUGAAAGCUACUCACAAGAAAAAGCUACCCAGCAAUCGAAUGAAAAUGAGCAAGAGAAAGAAGUAAAAGAAACUUCGCCGCCAUCCUCGAAUACUUGCCCUCCGGCAUCGCAUCCUAGCCCGAACGAGAUUGCCACAGACAAGGACCGUGAGCCCGAUCAUUCUACAUUUGACGAUGCCCAAGAAGAGCUGAUGGAUCGUGAUACUUCAGUCUCAUCAACAACACCGCACUCUGAUAAGCCUCCAGCCAAGGUUACCGCACCUGUAGAAGUGGUGAACUCAACUCAAGGAGAUGUGCCACCUGGUAUCUUAGAACAAGAUGAGCCGGGCCUCACUACACAGGAGCUAUCUACUGAUUUACAACGAUCUAUCCCCAUUGAGCUUGCUAAUUCGGAUAUAAUUGAGCCGCUAAUGAACGGAGACGCACCGAAAAAUCCAAAUGAGCCUAGCUCGAUUGCCCCCAUGGCAGAUGGCGACAGUUGUGAAUGCCAACAAGAGCAUCAAGAUGAGACCCAGGCAUCUACUGAAGCCGUCGCUGAAACCCAGGUUCUACCAGCCGAAAGUGAUGACAUGUCUCAGCCUCCGUCAAAUAUCUUAACUGAGCCCUCCGAGGAAACACCAAAGCGACCGUCUACGCCAGAGCCACAAUUCGCUGUUGCUUCUUUUUCAACAUUCAUGUCGCCCUCUCCAAACCCUCGCCGCCAAAGACUCUACUUUUCUGGGCCAAAUUUGAGUGGAACUGCUUCUAAAACACAGGGCUCCCUGCUGUCUUGCAUGAAAAGGUCAUGGGGGAGUACGAUACCCAAAAAGCGAGUUUCCUGGGCUCCGCUACCGCAUGAAGGGAGCGACAUCUCCGGAGAGGAUGCCCCAUCAGGGACGGACACGUCAUCGUCAAUGAUACGAGGCAGAGACCGAGCAGUUUCACCGCCUCCCCCGCCGUCUAUGGGCUCCUCUUCCGAUUCGCUCAUGGAAGGAGACUUAAAAUUUGGUCUUCACUUUGCUGCUGUGGCCGACCGUACGAAGAGCAUAAACCCUCAAAGCACGCCUGCUGUGCCAGAAUACAGGUCUCCUAGCCCUGACAGGCAACGCCCGGCGGAGAGCGUCGAUGCAUCGCUGGCCGAGAAGAAUAGCUUUAGUACGAAAACAUGGGGCUAUGACGACCAGGACCCCACCGAUAUUGUUCAGGACAUAUUCAACGAUAUGGACGACUUUUUGCAAGUCUGGGAUGUCGAUGCAGAGCUAAAUGAGGCACGAAAAGCCGACAAGACACGAGCUAGUGGCGCAAAGGGGACAGAACGUGCUUCUGAGGACGAUGUAGACAUGUUUGCAUCAUUCCUUUAA